UGUAGCUUUCAGAGAGGUUACUGCUUUUCUGUGUCAGGGUUGGUUGAAGAUUAGGAGUCUCAAUGAUGGGGUCAGUGCUUCCAGCAGAAGCCUUGGUGCUCAAAGGUGGACUGAAACCUCAAGCUCUAUCACUGGCAGAGAUGAUCACCUCUGAUAUCCUGCACAGCUUUCUGUAUGGACGCUGGAGGAAUGUCUUGGGAGAGCAACUGUUUGAGGAGAAGAACCACGCCAGCCCCAAGACAGCCUUCACUGCUGAGGUCCUGGCUCAGUCCUUCUCAGGAGAGGUCCAAAAGCUCUCCAGCCUGGUGCUUCCUUCAGAAGUGAUUAUUGCCCAAAGUUCUAUUCCUGGAGAGGGACUGGGCAUCUUCUCAAAAACUUGGAUCAAGGCUGGGACUGAGAUGGGGCCCUUUACUGGAAGAGUAAUUUCCCCAGAACAUGUAGACCUUUGCAAGAACAACAACCUCAUGUGGGAAGUAUUUAACGAGGAUGGCACUGUGCGCUAUUUUAUUGAUGCCAGCCAAGAAGAUCACCGUAGCUGGAUGACUUAUAUUAAGUGUGCACGUAAUGAACAAGAACAAAACCUGGAAGUAGUGCAAAUUGGGAACAGCAUUUUCUACAAAGCCAUUGAGACAAUACCCCCGGAUCAGGAAUUGUUGGUGUGGUAUGGAAAUUCACAGAACACUUUCCUUGGUAUUCCAGGGGUCCCAGGGAUUGAAGAUGAGCAGAAGAAGAGUAAGCAUGAUGAGUUUCCUGGAAUUGAUACUUCAGGACCGGUGGUCAGUGGACGCAUGCGCUGUGUGAUUUGCCACCGAGGCUUUAACUCUCGCAGUAACCUUCGAUCUCACAUGAGGAUUCACACUCUAGACAAGCCUUUUGUCUGUCGUUUCUGCAACAGGCGGUUUAGCCAGUCCUCUACUCUGCGAAACCAUGUGCGCCUUCACACAGGAGAACGUCCGUACAAGUGUCAGGUUUGCCAGAGCGCCUACUCACAGCUGGCAGGCCUCCGAGCUCACCAGAAGAGUGCACGUCACCGUCCACCAAAUGGCUCCUUGCAAGCUCAUUCCCCAUCUCUACCAGUAGCACACCCAGCUUCACUGGCACACCACAUCCCUACUAUGGUGUUGUGAAGAGAGAACUACUGGGGGGACUGUCAAAUCUUUACCUUGGGGCAAUCACCUUAUACCAGAUGCUUAUCCUAUGGGCCCAGCAUAGCCUUCCAAAUGGUUUUAUAUGUGUAUAAAGGACUAGCCUAGGGGGCAAACUCCCCCUCUCACAUCAGGUCUCCUCCGGACUCCUCCUCCACAUGCUCUAACUCUGAAUCCAACUGACACAUGGACACUAUGACUGUGUAGUUGGAUCUUGAACUAAUGCAGGCUUCACACUAUGUUAUUUAUUAUUGUCCUUUGUUCCCACUAAUUAUCUAUUUACUUGCAAACAUGUUGUCAUUUAUUUCCAAAAAGUAAAAACAAAAUGCAUUCUUUGCUACAAGUUUGCCUUGGUGGAGUAAAAAUUGUUAUCAAGUCAUCAGUUGCUAAAUCUGUCCCCAGAUUGUUGUUAAAGACACAGAGCUCCCCCUAGUGUCAACUUGUCACCAUUUAUGAGCACAUUCUGUGACAUAAGUAGAAAUAAGAAAAUCAUUUGCUAAGUUAUCCUUAAGGUACAAAUGUAUCUUUAUUAUAAAGAUUUUUUUUUAAUAAGGAUAACAAUUUUUAUUAGCAAUACAAUAUCUAGGAGAUCAGCAAUUUCAUAAAUUAUUUUCUUAAAUGUUCCUUCUUUAAACCCAUUUGUGUAACAGCAAAGAUAGCACAAUUUGCCUAUUUUUGCUGAUUUUUUUUUUGUAUAAAGGAAAAUAUUAAUAAUUAUAUGAAUAGAUAUAAAUAUAUAUAUAUACAUAUCUAUAAACAAAUUGAAUUAAAAUAAAUAUAUUAAUUUUAAAAAAAUAUAUAUAUAGCGUUUUCAAAAAUAGUGUUCUACUGCCUGACCGAGUAAAAUCUGAGUCACUUUAAAUCUGUAAAUACAUUAUGUAAAAUAUUUGAUAUCAUUAUAUGAUGUUAAAUGUAAAAUAGUUGUAAGUAAUUUGUACCUCUCUGUAACUAUCAAAUAUUCCAAAUAAAAUAAGGAAGUUUUAAUUUGUUACAGCUUA